UCAACAUUGAAUAUAAUGAUACAAAUGUUUACCGUUCGAAAUGUUUUUCCUAUCUUCGUUUCCAUAGCAAAUAGUUUUGCUAGAAAACAUUACUUUGAAAUUAAUCAUUUGGUUUCAAUAUUAUUGGAAAAACAAACACCAAAAUGAUACUAUCACGCAUCAGCCGUGAUCAUCUGGGAAAUUUGAAGUCAGGCAAUUUGAGACUUACUGUUCCUGAUUUUGAUGAUUUGAUUAUGAAACGCGAUUACACCGGGGCCCGCACAUUAUUAGAAUAUACAAACUCUGGAAAUGAUGGGCUAUCAAAACAAUGGAGAACAUUUUGUAAUUUCCAUCUGGGAAAUUAUAAAGAAGCAUUGAAUGAUUAUCGCGAUUUGAAAACACAAAGUGAGGACAGUAUUUUAAUAAUGAACGUUGCAAUAUGCAUGUUUUACUUAGGAAUGUAUAACGACUCACUGGAAGUUGUAGAUGCAAUACCUAAUAAUCCUCUGAAGGUCAGACUUCUUUUUCAUUUGGCACACAAACUAAAUGAUGAAGACCGUUUAUUGGAAUUACAUGGAUCAUUACGUGACAUUGUUGAAGAUCAAUUGAGUCUAGCGUCCAUGCACUACCUACGUGCGCAUUAUCAAGAUGCGAUUGAUGUAUAUAAAAAAAUUCUUUUAGAUAAGAAAGAACUUAUUGCUCUUAACAUUUAUCUGGGGCUCUGCUACUACAAACUGGAUUAUUAUGACAUUUCACAAGAAGCCCUUGACACAUAUUUGCUUAAAUAUCCUGACAGCAUCAUUGCAAUAAACUUAAAGUCAUGCAAUCGAUUUCGGCUAGCAAAUGGUAGGGCUGCUGAGAACGAGCUUAAGAAUCUAAUUCGAACAGAGGGAAUCUUUGGUGCUGAUUUGAUAAAGCAUAACUUGGUUGUGUUCAGAAAUGGAGAGGGUGCCCUUCAGAUUUUACCUAAGCUCAUUGAUGUGAUACCCGAAGCCCGUUUAAAUCUUACCAUUUAUUAUUUGAGAUCAGUUGAAAUUGCCAAGGCUCAAGAGCUAAUGGGUUUGAUAUUGAAACCAACGGUUCCAUCAGAAUACAUAUUAAAAGGUGUUGUGCAUACUUUAUUGGCUCAAAAAUUGGAUUCGCGAGAACAUCUAAAAAACGCGCAACAGUACUUUCAACUUGUGGGAGGAAGUGCGACUGAAUGUGACACCAUUCCAGGUCGACAAUGUAUGGCAUCCGCUUUUUUCCUCUAUGGGCAAUUUGAAGAGGUGCUCGUAUAUUUAAACUCAAUACGUAGCUUUUUUGUCAAUGAUGAUGUUUUCAACUACAACUAUGCGCAGGCUAAGGCUGCGACUGGGAAUUAUAAAGAAGCUAUGGAGUUAUUAUUGGGAAUAUCUGAGCCAUACAUAAUACAACAGCCUAGCUUCAACAUGAUACUGUCAAAGUGCCAUAUUCUCUGUGGACAUUCUGAAGAGGCUUGGAAUUUGUAUUUGGCAAAAAGUUCUAGAAAAAAUGAAUCAAUCAUGAUGUUGCAAUUGAUUUCUAUAGAAUGUUAUCGUGUUGGCCAGUAUUGGGUUGCUGCUAAAGCCUUCGAUAUGUUGGAGAAAUUAUCGCUUGAUCCCAAUCCGGAAUACUGGGAGGGUUUACGUGGCGCGUGUAUUGGUGCUUUAUACUCAACAAUCACAGAACGAAAUAUUGGUGCUCCACCAAAUGGUCUGACUGACAUAUUGGAUUUGUUGCGACAGUCUUCGAAUCCACAGGCCGAUACAAUCAUCAGAGUUAUUAUACGCCGAUUGAGUGAUUAACGAUAAAAAGAAAUGAUGCUGUCAAUAGGAUAUCUGAAGCGAGUUUCAAAAUAUUUCAAUUUUGCUGUAGACUUAACCUUUCAAAUUCGGCGUGAGUUACAAAUAAAUACACAUGGCAAAAUAUACACAUCUACCGAAGACAGCACCCGAUUUUUCGUUUUUCAGAAGCCAAUGAAAAACUUAAAAUUAGGGUCCAAUAUUUUCCUAACGUUAUUCAUCUAUAACCCACGGAAAACCAGGAGGAGUUGUAAGAAAAUGUUUUGCUUACUUUUGCAAAUGACAUAAUGAAAAUUCCUUUCGUUUAGAGAGGAAAAUUGCACAUUUUGGCAUAAGGUUUGACCAUGUUUUGUAUUAGAACUCUUUUGAAAAAUAUAUCCCAAUCUUUACUCAAACCCUUUAUUUGUUUACGACUCGUAAAUUACGAAAUACGAAUAUAGAACAAACGUUUUCCCUCUCCGCAGAAGACAUUUUUGUGAAGUUCAAUAUCA